AUGUCGUCCUCAAGCUUCGGAGGCAAAGUGAUCGCUAUCACUGGCGGCGGUUCCGGGAUGGGUUAUGCCGUUGCAAAACAUCUCGCGUCCCUCGGAGCCAACAUCUCGCUCGCCGACAUCAACUCUGAGACCCUGAGAGCGGCCUACGAUACCCUCCCCACCGACCGCCAUCCAGGCCAAGAUCACUCCCACAUGGUUGUUGACGUAACUUCCACCGAGGACGUAGAUGACUGGACGUUGAUGAUUUUAGCGAAGUACCGACGGUUGGAUGGGGCGGUCAACAUGGCGGGCAUCAUUUGCAAGGCGAAGAAUGUUGAGUACGUGGAAGACGAGGAGUGGGCACGGACUAUGGACGUCAACGCCGGGGGCGUGUUUCGAUGUCUGCGGGCGCAAGUGAGAGCGAUGAAGCAGGCAGCUGAGCAAGGCGGACGUGUUGCGAGUGGUAGUAUUGUCUCGGCAGCGAGCACAUUCGGACAGAUCGGUGCACCAGGCAACAUCGCCUACGCCGCGUCUAAAGCUGCUGUUAUCGCUGCCACGAGAACCGCAGCAAAGGAGAACCAGCACAUCAGGGUGAAUUGUGUGGCUCCAGGUUCAGUCAACACGCCUCUCUCCGCCAGCGAAGAUCCCGAAGAUGUAGCACGAGGACUGCAGGUCACAGCACAGAAGCGGCGUGCUGAACCGAUCGAGGUCGCCAAGGUCAUCGCAUUCUUGUUGAGCGAUGAUGCGAGCUUUGUUACCGGUGCUGUGUAUAAUGUUGAUGGUGGCUGGGUGUGUUAG